CCUGUACCAAUAUUUCUGCUAUAGGGUGGCGGGAAAGCUGUUAAAGAGGAAUUUUAUCCAUAAUAACUUGAUUAAAAAUAAUGUUUUUUAGCAAAGAACAUAACUUCCACAUUAAUUAUGCUACCAAACUUAGCGUGUGCUGUAAAUUGCCUCCAGAAUUGUUCUUGUUUCUUCUUGCUGGAGACUGCCAUUUAGCUGAAGCCCAGAGCCUCUGAGCAGCAGUAAAUCCUCAGGCUGAUAGGAGGGUUUAAUUUCACUUUAAGGCUGUCAGCAGAUUGGCCUGGAGAGUAAUUGAGCAUGUGCUGAGCAGGGUGAGUGUAUUACUGGAUUUUAAAC